UCCAGACGUAAAUAGAUCAGCCUGAUUGCUGAAACAACCAUAGAUAUACCCAGACAAGACUGACUGUAGGGGGGACGUCAGGUACCUCAAGCAUGGACAUCUUUGUACACUGCCACCAGAGGCAGCUGUGCAUAUAAACCAACAAAGGCACAUCCAAGUCAUAUUUAUCCAGCUCCGGCCAGCCAUGGAGAGACUCAUCCUCCACCAUACACACUGCCCCCGACACCAAUGCCGAUGCCCAUCUCUGGGCAGCCGUCAAACUACCCACUUGGACUGGAAUACCUGGCUCACAUUGACCAGGUCCUGAUCCACCAGAAAGUCGACUUGGCCGAAAUGAUCAUCGGCUGGGAGACAAACAACGCCUACACUGUAAAGAAUAACAUGGGCCAGCAGGUGUUUACGGCUGUAGAGGAAAACGACAUCUUCACCAUGCAGGCGUGUGGCCCAGCGCGACCGUUCACCAUUCACCUCUACGACAACAUGAGGCGAGAAGUCUUGACCCUGAUUCGCCCUCUGAAGUGCUCCUCCUGCUGUUUUCCGUGUUGCCUCCAGGAGCUGGAGGUGCAGAGCCCUCCCGGGAACCCCAUAGGCUUCGUCGAGCAAACCUGGCACCCUUUUCUCCCCAAGUUCACCAUCCUGAACGAGGCGAGGUCCCACCAGCUGACCAUCAAGGGGCCAUGCUGCACCUGCAGGUGCAUGUCUGACGUGGUCUUCGAGGUGAGGUCGCCAGACGAGUCGGCGGCUGUGGGUCAGAUCAGUAAGCAGUGGGGGGGGUUCAUGCAGGAAGGCUUCUCAGACGGAGACAAUUUCGGGGUCUCGUUUCCGAUGGACCUGGAUGUGAAGACGAAGGCUGUGAUGGUGGGAGCUUGCUUCCUCAUUGAUUUCAUGUUUUUUGAGACUAAACCGCAACACGAUUCAUAAAAAAAAUAAAAAUCAGAUAUAAGGUAGAAGGAGAUGUGCCGAUUUUCUUCAGGCACACAAACAGAAGGAUGACAAAAUGACUGACUACACAUCGUUAUAUUGUCACUUGUGUGGGUUGUUGGGGAAGUUAUAAAGCACUAUAAUUAGUAGUAGUAGUAGUAACAAUAAGUUGUGUAAUGACUAAAGCUAUUGAUACAGUUUAACUUGUUGCAACUAAGACAUUUUGGUAACACUUUCUAUGAAGGUUGUAUUUAUAAUACCCUAUGAAGGCACUUAGAUCUGUUAAUAAUAGUGCCAUAUUCUUGUCAGUUUACUUAGUGCUGACAAAUAGCACUUAUGAU